UACUUGUCAGUUGUCAGUUAGCACAUAUCAUUGAUGUUUAUGUGUCUGUUCUUAUUUUGUUAACGUGUCGAUUUUCGAUAACUCGUUUUAUUGAUAAGAUUAACCAUAAUUUUAAAAAUAAUUUCUAAAAUGAAAUUGUUAGAAAUAGCAGUCAUAUUUCUAAUAUACUUUACUUCCAGAAGUUUUUCAACCCUCUUUGAAUCAGAUUCGUGCUAUUCCUUCGGUAGCGGCAAUGUUUUUCCCGGCGGCGCCAGAAGAAUUGAUCAUAAAUUGCAAUUUACCAAAGCAAUGAUUUCAAAACCGGCUCCUGAGUGGGAGGCAACUGCUGUUGUUAAUGGAGAAAUCACGCAACUAUCUCUAUCAAGCUUUAAAGGAAAAUAUUUAGUGUUUUUCUUCUAUCCCUUGGACUUUACAUUUGUAUGUCCAACGGAAAUUUUGGCAUUUUCCGAAAGAGUUGAAGAAUUCAGAAAAAUAAAUACAGAAGUAGUUGCCUGUUCUGUGGACUCCCAUUUCACUCAUUUAGCUUGGAUUAAUACUCCAAGAAAGGAGGGAGGUCUUGGUAAAAUUAACAUCCCACUUUUGAGUGACUUGACUCACACAAUAGCUAAAGACUAUGGAGUAUAUUUGGAAGAUUUAGGACACACAUUGAGAGGACUCUUUAUCAUUGAUGACAAAGGAAUAUUAAGACAGAUUACAAUGAAUGACUUGCCUGUGGGUAGAUCAGUUGAUGAAACUUUAAGAUUAGUACAAGCAUUCCAGUAUACGGAUAAUCAUGGAGAGGUGUGCCCUGCUGGUUGGAGGCCAGGACAAGAUACUAUCAUUCCCAAUCCAGACGAAAAGAAGAAGUACUUUGAGAAGGUGUCUAAAAAUUAAGUUUUAUUUUUUAUAAAUAGCUAUUGUGCAUUCCAAACCCUGGUCAGUAAGGUCAAAAACUGCAUUUAACAAAAACAUCAAAAUAAUAUAUAAUUUUAUAUGCUCAAUUUCAUGAUUUAUAUAGGAAAUUAUAAACAAUUUUUACUGAAUAUUUGUAUUAAUAGAUAUCAACAAAAAUAUAGUUUAUUUAAAUAUACAUAAAAAAUACAUCAAAUUUAUUUUUUAACUAAUCUGUUACUUUUCAUAAUAUAAUAUAUACUCAUAGGAUAUUGAUAAUCACAAAAACUUAUGAAUAAGACACAUUUUACAAAUGUAGAGCACAAUUUAUUAAUAAUACCUUAUUUAUAUAAGACAAUAUGUCUUGAAAAAAUAAACAUAAUAAACAAAAUAUUGGAGUAGUUUGUUGGAAAAUAUUUUACUUAUUUAUUAUUAAACUUACUCAAAUUAAGCUAUAUAAAUUAUAAUUUGUUAUAUGGAGUAUAUAUUUUUAUGAUGCUCAAAUAACAUGGAGAUUAUCAUAAUUUUUUAUUGUAAUACAUUCUUGUAAAGUACAUUUUGUAACGAUAAACAUCACCAAUAGUUAAAGUAAGACUGGCUUUUUUUAUUAAAUUUUUUAUUUUUUUAACUCA